CGGAAAGGGUCUUACGUAACGCUCAUUCCCGACCGGCUGGGUUGGCGUGUUAGCCGAACAAACUAGGAGAGCUCCAGCCUGUAGCGUGGAGUCCGGCGACGUCUUUACAUCUACAGCCUUGUUUAAACUUGCUCCUCCACCUCCCCCAUCACAUCCAAAACAAGCACAAUGCUCGCCGCCGUCUCGCGUCCCCUCCUCGCCCGCUCCGCUCGCCCCGCCCUCGCGGCCGCCGGCGCCUCGCGCGUCCUCGCCCUCCACCGCCACCUCUCGUCGGACGCCAAGGACGUCAAGACGGUCACCGUCUUCGGCGCGGGCCUCAUGGGCGCCGGCAUCGCCCAGGUCGGCGCCCAGGCCGGCUACAAGGUUGUGCUUUCGGACGUGACGGACAAGGCUCUUGACAACGGCCUCAACAUCAUCUCCAAGUCGCUUGCGCGCGUCGCCAAGAAGGCCUCGCCCGACGACAUUGAGGGCUACACCAAGAACGUGCUCGCCAACAUUACGGUCACGACUGACGCCGAGAAGGCCGUUGCCGACUCGGACCUCGUCGUCGAGGCCAUCAUCGAGAGCAUCAAGAUCAAGCGCGACCUCUUCGGCUUCCUCGACAAGAAGGCCAAGCCCUCGGCCAUCUUCGCCUCCAACACGUCGUCGCUCUCCAUCACCGAGAUCGCCGACGCGACCUCCAAGGAGCGCCAGGCCAACUUUGCCGGUCUCCACUUCUUCAACCCCGUCCCCGCCAUGAAGCUCGUCGAGAUCAUCCGCACCGACGCCACCUCGCAGUCCACCUACGAGGCCCUCCGCGAGGUCACCAUCAAGAUGGGCAAGAAGCCCGUCACCUGCAAGGACACGCCCGGCUUCAUUGUCAACCGUCUCCUCGUCCCCUACAUGCUCGAGGCUAUCCGCCUCGUCGAGCGUGGCGAGGCCACCCCCGAGGACGUUGACACUGCCAUGGAGCUCGGCGCCGGCUACCCCAUGGGCCCCUUCAAGCUCCUCGACUUUGUCGGCCUCGACACCACCUCGUACAUCUCGGACGGCUGGCACAAGAACUCGGGCGAGACUGGCCUCCCCCCUACCCUUGUUGAGACCCCCGAGCUGUUGGCCAAGCUCGUCUCCGAGGGCCGCCUUGGCCGCAAGAACGGCAAGGGCUUCUACGACUACUCCAAGUAAAGAGAGAAAGCUCGGUAGCAUAUGCAGCAUGCAGUAUUGUAGCUAG